UUGAGCUGGCGGACUGGCUUCAUGGAAGGAGGGUCUCCAGAGCAACUCUGUGCUUCAGGUGGAUUUGCACAAUAUCAGCGCAUGCUGCGACGUCUGCUCAGGUGCCCACCUUCGCGCUCCACCGUCGGAGGCUCGGCGCGUCCGCCGGCGUCCCGGCCGUUGCGCGCCAGGGCCAGCGGCUGGCCGGCAUGCGCCAGUGCGCCGGCUGCGCACCUGAUGGCCAUGUGUGUCUGCAUCAGAUGCAUCAAGAAGAAGAGCGCUUGCGAGAUGUGGGCAACGGCUGCCUCAUCCGAUGUCCGGCCUGUCCUCCAGAUCCACGCAGGCGCCCCGCAGCCAUCGCGCCGCCGCGGCGCGCACCAGCCUCUCUAUCAAGACGACGUGCCGGACUCCGAGCCGCUCUCUGCCCAUCCGACGGGCGGAUCGGCGUGUGUGUUUGUCCGGAGUACGGUGUCGCCUGCAAGCUGCUCAGCCGUUGCGAAGCUGCCUUUCUUGUGCAGCAUAAUGUGACAGCACUUGCCUCCGGCGCCUGCCGACGACGCGCGUGCCCAGCCGUGCCGUCGGCGCUGCGCUCCUGCAGCCGGUAUGGACAGUACGGCCCGUCGGUCUGCCUUUGCGUCCUGCACGCCAGCACCGCCAGCAUGCGUGCCUUCUCAGUCAACAGCCGCGGCAAGCAAAGAUGCGCAGCAGAAGCCGACACAAUCUGCCGAGUCACCACCGUCUUUGCUCGCCUCUCAUGCGAGCGUCGCCGUGCGCCGACACGGCUGCUGCAUCUGCGGCAUCUGCGAUGCUGGCGGCUGGCCAUGCCAGGUGCUUCCAAGGUCUCUGUGCUCGGCCUUCGCCUAUGCUUCAUCGCACUUGCUGUCGUCCGUCGGCGCGCCCGCGCAAGCAGUAGACCGACGGUGCAGCAUGUUGCCAAGGCAAGCCAGGGAUGCUCAGGGUCUGGCCGUUCCUUCCGACGGCAUCGCCGCCUGUCGCCUCCGACGGCGACAUGAUCCUGCCUCAAUCAUGUGCCAGGCGCUCUCGUCUUGGCAAGCUCGAAGCAAGCACUGCGUGUUGUCUGCGGUACCGGCAAGUCUGCCCUCUCUUCAUGCCCAUAAGAAGCCUUUCUCCUCAGUCAGGCU